GUGAGCUUCGUGUAAAAGAAAUAAAGAUUAGGUCAAUGCAGGUGGAUUUUCACGGGGAAAUAAUUUUUUAGCUUAAACUCUUUUAAUUAGUUCGACCAUGUCGCUUAAAGUAGCAACACUUAUUUUGGCACUUUGCCUUGUAAUUGCAAAGUGCCAAAUAACAUUGCCAGUGAGAGUUCCAUUGACGAAAAUCAGUGAAAAUAUCCAAAAUGUACAUGUAAACGGUGAUAGAUAUAUCGCAGAUCCCAUUACACCUUAUCUAGAUGCACAAUACUUUGGAACAAUUUCAUUUGGAACACCUCCGCAGAGUUUUCAAGUGAUUUUCGACACGGGAACAACAUACACUUGGAUACCUGUAGUAAAUUGCAAUGCUCUGAGAAAGGUAGUUAGCCUCGAUUUAGACUUUCUUGGGUGGAAUCUCGUAGAAGUGACAACUGUGGAAAGGACAAAAUGUGCUCAAACAAAUAAAUAUGAUGCCACAAAAUCAACUACACCUCCUACUAUUGGGACAUCUGCAAAUUUACCUUAUUACGCUGGAAGCAUAAGUGGAAAUAUCAUACAAGAUGUAUUACAAAUAAAUGGUGAUACAGUUCCGAUACCACAGUAUUUUCUGGGAAUUGAUGUGUAUUCAUUACCCACAACAUAUACGGAAAUUGAUGGAGUUUUCGGUUUAAAUCCUUUUAUUAAUGAUGAGGGAUAUGUCCUUAUUGCUAACUUAUUUAGGGAUAUAGUACCUACAAAUUCACAGCAAUUCUUCUCGUACUAUUUAAGUAGUGAUGAACCUGUUGGUGAAUUUACAAUAUCAGGUGUUAAUGAACAGCACUGUCCGUUGAAUAUUGAUCAAGGCUAUACAUAUUAUUUACGAAAUUUCUAUAAUUAUUGGACUACUGCAAUGGCUCAGUUUUCUGUAGGUGACUCUCAAAAUCUAUGUCCAGGAAUAAGUUGUGAUGUAUUCUUUGCUACCGGCACAAGUAGUAUUUUUGGACCACCAGAAGAUAUUCAGGUUAUACGCCAGCAAUUGAAAGCACAAUUAGAUACAUCAACUAAUCAAUAUACAGUGGAAUGCGAUGUAGUUCCAGAAUUACCUCAAAUUGUAAUUUUAUUUGAUGCGCCUUUAAGUGGAGAUAAUAAUCAAUUUUUCAUUAAUUCAAACGAUUACAUAUAUCAACAAGGCUCAAUCUGUUACUUGAGAUUCAAAGAAAAUCCUCUAACAGAUCAAAAUAGAAGAAUUUGGAUAUUUGGUGAAGCUUUUAUGAAAGGAAAAUGUGUUGUAUUUCAUUAUAACGGACGUAGGAUCGGCAUAGCUAACGCAUUUUAAUAAUUUAAACUUUUUAAUGGCUUUCUUAAUUUCCUUCGUAUAAAAAUUGAAUUUGUGUGAAAUAAUGUUGGUUGAGGGAUUUAUAAACAA